AGACGACGCAGCCCUUCCCGCCACUGAUCAGUGUCCUCUAGUGGCCAAGCAUGCGCUCUACUGGCACACGGGACUCAGUUAGAGUAGCUUUAUACCUUACACCUUAGAUUACAGUUACUUUCAUAGGGUGAGGUAGCUGUUGGCAGGUGAUCCGCUUUCUCCUCCAGUUCAUGUGCGUUACUUAAGGAGAUCGAUACUUCAAGUUCAACGAAAUAAGCGUGUUAGAGCAUCUAAAAGGAUAAAUUAUUUUUCUCCAGAGAAACAACAUAAAUUUCUUAUAGGCACAAAACCUGUAAGAUGUCAGGGAAGGUAAAACCAUCGGCCUCGAGCUCACCUGGAGAAAUUUAUCUCAUAUUCUAUAAUGUCUUCUUGAGUCUUGGGUGGCUCAUAGUUUUAAUACAAACAGUACAUCAUUUAGUGUACGAAGGAGGAAGUUUAAGAGGACUGUGGGAGAGCACUAGUAAUGUACUCAAGAUCUUUCAGACGCUUGCUGUGUUGGAGAUUGUACAUGCUGCUGUGGGCCUGGUCCCAUCUAGUGUCAUGAUGGUGCUUCCCCAAGUGGCUUCUCGCCUCAUAGUACUCUGGCCUGUUCUCUGCGCUGUUGAAGAAACUCAUAACAGCAUAGGGGUACCCCUGUUACUGAUUGCCUGGAGUGUGACUGAAGUCAUCCGAUAUUCCUUCUAUUUCCUCAACAUCCUCAAGCAGGUUCCAUAUACCCUCACCUUUCUCAGGUACACCCUCUUUAUUAUACUAUACCCUGUAGGUGUAACAGGAGAGAUGUUGUGUGUAUAUACAGCUUUGCCUAUUGUGGCUGACACACGGAUAUACUCUGUCACAUUCCCUAAUGCCCUGAACUUCAGCUUUGAUUUCUACUAUGCAUUGAUCAUCUUUGUUCUUCUGUAUAUACCAUGUUUCCCCAUGCUAUACAUGCAUAUGCUUGCUCAGAGGCGCAAGAUUCUCGGCAGUUCACAUAAGAAGAAGGAAUAAGAAGAUUUGGGAAAGUUGUGUACAUACUUAUUAACUUACAUUUCACUUACAAAAGAAUAUCUUUUCCAAUCUUAUCUUAUUCCCAAUGUAAGAUAGCCAUAGUAAUUAAGAGGUUUGAGAUCAUUUGUAGUUGUAAAAUAUUAAAAACUGGAAUGGUUAAAGUAUAUGAAAAAUGAUACCUGUAGUGGUAUAGUACUGUACUCUUAUAUUUAGAACUAACUGGGGCAUCCAGUGUUGUCCUUUUCUCUUUCUCUCUCUCUCUCAAUGUAGUAAAGUUAACCAGAAUGUGUGCAGCCACAUAGCCCUUGUCUGCCCUUGGUCAAAUUAAGUGUACAUACAAUAAACAACCAUACAAAAUUUCAUCUCAUUGUUAAAAAUUAUGGUCAUGCACGGGGGGGGGGGUUAAAAAAAAUUGGCAUUUGUGAGCAUUCUUGAGGCCAUUUAUGUUAGCAUAUCAAAGUUCUCUUAUCUUAAAAACUGUGGCCAUAGCUUAUAUAUCAGAGACAGUGGUGGUUCUAACUUUGGGGGUUUGGCUGACCACUGGGGCCAACCCCUUUAAAUUCCACCUUUGUGACACCUCUAGGUUGCAUACUCAUCCCAUGCUAAAUUUCAACUCUUCUUGUCAACACUGUAGCCAUUCAUAACGAAAAGACAUUGGGCUUUAUAUAUUUGAUAAACAUUCUAAGUCAAGGGCUCAAAAUACAGUACAUUAAAUUUAAUUCAAAAUCUAGUAUGUAAUUUACGUAUUGUAGUAUCAUAUUCACUAAAUUUUGGUCUGCAUAAUUGAUAUUUAACUUCCAGAGCACAAUUAUAUACUAGUAUGAGAAAUCACUGGAGAAUAUCUGUACUGUAUAUUUUGUAUAUAAUAAAUAAGGUAGAUAAUGGGUUGCUACCUCAAGCCAAA